GCCUUUCUGUACGUUUCAAAGGGCGCAUAUUCUCUAGAAACUUCAUUUCAUCUAUAUAUAUAAACACACAUAUAUACAGACAGAACAAACACAACUACCUCUCUCCUGGGAAGCUCCGUUGAUCAGCUUUCAGAUCCUCUGUUAAAAUGUCAACCGUGACUCUUCCAACCCAAUGCAUCAGCAGUGCCCCUCAGUGCCACAGGUCCAGUGCUUUUGUCAAGAGUCCUUCAUCCAUAGGAUUUGUGAAGAACAUUUCAAAAUCCUUUGGUUUGAAAGCAACUAAUGGGUUCAAAGCAUCAGCUUACAAGAUCAAGCUGGUUACCCCAGAAGGUGUAGAGCACGAAUUUGAGGCUGCUGAUGAUUGCUACAUCCUGGAUGCUGCAGAGGAGGCUGGAGUGGAACUCCCAUAUUCUUGCAGGGCAGGUGCCUGCUCUACCUGUGCUGGGAAGAUCGUUGAAGGCUCUGUUGACCAGGCUGAUGGAUCCUUCCUAGAUGAUAACCAAAUGGGAGAGGGUUACUUGCUAACCUGCGUCUCCUACCCGAAAGCUGAUUGUGUCAUUCACACCCACAAGGAAGGCGAUCUUUACUAAAUAAUUGCAUUAGGAUGCCUAAUGUCUGAAUUUUCUUCUUAGUUGUGCUAAGGAUUGUAAUAGGCUGUUCUAGACUUUUGAGACUUGGCAUGUUUCAGGCUUUCCGCCUUGUUUGUUGAAGUAUGCAAUUUCAAUCCGGUUGCCAUUUUAUAUCUA